ACACUUCGGAAGUCUUCGGUUAGUUUUGUUGCGGCGGUUUGGCUUGGAAAACAUUAUGGAAUGGCUGCCUUCAAACAAUUAUGGACACAGUCCGUCAAUUUAUGCAUACAUAGUGUCCAUGUGACACGGUGUGUAUAAAGUAUUUAUAGGAAACGGCUUUAAAUGCUAUCAGUAGACUCGAGCAAGCAUGGAAAUUAAUGGAAAUUCUACGUUUGCCGAGAUUCAACUCCAGCAUCAGGAAGUAGGAAUUGCCAAGCGGCUGAAGCUUUUUUGAUCAGUUCGCGGAGUGUUUUUAUUUUAUUUUUUACUUAUGCAGUUUAAACUAAAGCAAGAAAACAAUGUUUUUAAUGAAAUGAGAAAAAAUAUGCGCUAAUUUAAAGUAACCUAAGCUUGAACCUAUGUGAAAAGAAGUCGUCCCAUGUAUCGAUUUUAUUUUUUUGUGUGCGCUAAUUUUAGAGAUUUCUGAUGUCCUAGCAAUUAUUUACCUAGUAUUCAUGCACCGAAGGCACACGAAAUAACGUUUUUGAAACCAUGACUGUAGAGAAUUUUAAUCAUUUAAAAAAAUAAUACGAAGAUAUAUCUACACUACCAAAGACAUGAGGUCUUCUUUGGCUCCCGGCAUUAGACUGAUCACGUCCUUCUCAAGAGACAGCUGGUACCGAGGUUUCACUCUCUUUCUCACCUUCCUCUUCUAUACCAGCUAUCAUCUCUCCCGGAAACCCAUCAGCAUUGUCAAGAGUGAACUGCACAGAAAUUGCUCCACUGUCAUUCGACCGCCAAACCUCAAUGGAACUAACAAUGAAACCUGGUGUGACUGGGCCCCUUUUGAUCAGGACAACUAUCAGACACUGUUUGGAGCAGUGGACAAUUCCUUCCUGGUUGCUUAUGCCAUUGGCAUGUUUAUCAGCGGUAUAUUUGGCGAGCGCGUUCCCUUGCGCUACUACCUGACAACUGGGAUGCUUCUCAGUGGUGUGUUUACAUGUCUGUUUGGCCUGGGCUUCUACUGGAACAUCCACUCAAUAUGGUACUACGCCUUUGUCCAGGCGAUGAACGGAUUGGUGCAGACGACAGGCUGGCCUGCAGUGGUGGCCUGUGUUGGGAACUGGUUUGGAAAGGGGAAACGAGGUUUCAUCAUGGGUGUGUGGAACUCCCACACCUCUGUAGGCAACAUCCUGGGUUCGCUGAUCGCUGGCCUCUUCGUGUCCUCGGCUUGGGGCAUGUCCUUCAUUGUGCCCGGAGUCAUCAUUGCCUCUACGGGUGUGCUCUGCUUCUUUUUCCUGGUGGAGAGGCCGGAAGAUGUUGGUUGCAGCCCUCCACAGCAUCAUGAGGACGACGAGAAGGAGCCUCUCUUACAGAACUCGUCCAGUAACGAGGAGAUCUUCAGCAGUCCUGACCAGUACAACUCCAUCUCCUCUGAGCCAGACCUGGAGCAAACGCAGGCCAUCAGCUUUUGUGGGGCCCUCCGGAUACCCGGUGUGGUGGAGUUUUCCCUCUGUCUGCUGUUCGCUAAGCUUGUUAGCUACACCUUCCUCUAUUGGCUCCCUCUCUAUAUCUCUAAUGUUGCCCAUUUUGACCCCAAAGCAGCUGGGGACAUGUCAACACUAUUUGAUGUUGGAGGAAUUGUGGGGGGUAUUGUGGCUGGACUAGUGUCUGACCAAAUUGGAGGCAGAGCCUUUACCUGCUGUGUCAUGUUAAUCGUGGCUGCUCCUAUGCUGUUCCUGUACAACUACAUUGGACAGUAUAGCCUAGCAACCACUAUCGGAAUGCUGUUGGUGUGUGGAGCCCUGGUGAACGGCCCUUACGCCCUCAUCACCACCGCUGUGUCUGCUGACCUGGGGACGCAUGAGAGCCUGAAAGGGAAUUCUAGGGCCCUGUCAACGGUUACAGCUAUUAUUGACGGAACCGGGUCUAUAGGUGCCGCACUAGGUCCCCUGUUAGCAGGACUCAUCUCUCCAACUGGAUGGAACAAUGUCUUCUUCAUGCUGAUCACCGCUGAUAUCCUUGCGUGCUUGCUCCUGUCCAGGCUGGUGUAUAAGGAGGUGAGGGGCUGGUGUGGCCACAGCCCCAGACAAAGAGGGUUUAAAGAAAUCUGACAGGCCGUCCGGGACAGUAUCUCAACUGAUGCCAGGAAGGACAGGAAAAAGGAGGAAGGACUAGUCCCUAAGGCUGACCUUAAUUCAUAUGGUGAUCUUUCAUCCUUUAGCAUUAAUGGACCCAGACCUUGUUACCAGCUAAUGAAAGGAGCUGAAACAAAAGGAAGGGGACAUUGCUCUUCUGGGAUUGAAUGAAGGAGAGAGAAUUUCCCUUCUUCAAGUAGCCACAAAGCUCUUUCUUAAUGUAUUUUCUUUUUUUUUCUUUUUUUUUUUUUUUACUGUUAUAAUGCCUCUUAUGGCCCCUCUUGGGGCUAUGUGCAUCUUUAGUCUUUUAUCAUUAAAAUCAUGUGUACACUGCAUUUCCCCAAUAUCAA